AUGGGCUCAAGUUCCGACCCGGGUCUUAAGGCCAUGACGGAAGACUUAGAGGGGCAGCAACUUUCCAUGGAGCCAGAACAGACCGGCGGCAAGAGCAGCCAGGUGUUUAGCGACGCUCCGAGGCUACAUCCAUCAUCCUCACUGCGCCCGAAGAGGCACCGCUCCAAGCACCACCGCCACCGCAAGCGCGCAUCCCUCGCCACUAAGUCUUCCUCCGGCACCGGAUUUGCAAGCCUGAAACCAGCCGAUAAACCGGUUGGAAGCACCACUAUCCGGGAAAUGUCACCACACACCACGACGCUCAUCGACAACCCGAGUAUCAUGAUCAGCCUCAUCGCCGUGGUGGUGACAGUCGGAGUGGUCAGCACGGCAAUCAUCAUUUACAUAGCCGGCAACAAGGUGUCGGGCAAGCUCUUCGCUGAGUGCAGUAGUGCUGCUUGCAGGCGUGCCAUGCGCGACAUGCAAAUGCUGAUGGACUACGGCGCGGACCCGUGCCUCGACUUCCACCGUCACGUCUGCCACCACUGGCAGCAGAAGGCGGCAACACCCGAAGGUGCCGUCAGUUUCCUCCGAUACAGUACGCGGCAGCUCCUGGUGCUCGUCAACACUAGUCUUAGUAGGGUGUCUAGCGCCAAGACUGUCUCGACCGGUUUCUACAACCUGGCCAAGUUCUACAGGUCCUGCGAGCGUUUCGUGAGCGCGCCCGCUGUGUCCAUGAGUGACGUACUGCGACCUGUACAGAAGUACGGCGAAAACGUUCUCGGCUUGUCCACCUUCCCGGACGUCGUUCGCUACAUCGUAGAAUUGUCGCUGGCUCACGGUAUUCACACGGUCCUCGACAUACGCUUGAGCAAGUUCCCCGACGGUGUGUUCCUGCACAUUUCGCGUGGUCAGACGUUGUCGCAGAAGAUGGACGCACAGCCCGCGUUGGCUCUGGAAGACUACCUGAAGGAAUUGUUAGGCGACGUCUCAAGCAUGCGAGACCGCGAGUUCAACCUGACCGACAUCUUUGACAGCGAGCGAAGAUUGAGUGCCAUCAUGGCAUCGGAAAGUCUGGAGGAGCGACUAAGCGCGACCGUUCUUGCGUAUCUGACUAAAUCUGUCCAUCAAGCCGAAUGGCUGGAUGCUUUAAAUGCGCACCUGCCUGACCAAUACAAACUGAGCAGAUGGUCCAUAAUAUCCACCGACAACGUCGACUUGAUUCGGCAGUUGCUCAGCUUCUUCAGAGGCCUCGUCGACUACGGCGUAGUCUACUUGUACAUCCAGGUUAUCAUCGACGCGUUCCGUUUCGAUUACCUGCGUAGAGUCAGCCGCAGCGACUCGGAACGCGUCGUGUCGUCCUGCCUGCAGGCGACUCGACUCGUAAUGCGAAACGCGAAGAACGCCAUCGUAUCCCAGCUCCUUCCGCAGCAGAGCGCGGACAGUGCCGUCCUCGAGGUGUUCGCCGGAGUGCUCAAGUCCAUCACCGACGGUGACACGUUCGCCUGGUUGGGCGAGCUCGCGAGAAAGAAGGCUCUCGUGAGGCUCCGUGACAUCAGCCUGCACCAGUUCCGCGUCUCCUACCAGGACGGCACAUUGGACGAGAAUGACCUCGAAGAGGCUUCCAUUGCCAGUGGGUUCCCGGGCUUCUUCAUUCGCCUCAAGGCGCAGCAACAGUGGAGCCUGCUGGAAGAUCCUCCGGCUGUGCACGAAGGCGAGAUCGACGACGGUUUCCUCUUGAGCAACGAGGUUCUGUACGACGCCCUCUCCAGCAGUAUCGUCGUGCCAGCGUCCUUGCGCCGGGAGCCCAUUCUCUACACCGGCCUAGUCCCACCCGAGUUCGUCAUGGGCAGCCUCGGUGUGCUGCUGGCUAGAUCCCUCCUGUACGCUGCCUUCCAUGCGAACGCGACGGGCUCGUGGUCACCCGAGGAGAGUCCUGCCCUGGUCCAGUUCGAGCAGUGCAUGGACGAGAAGGCUCGCGCGGCUUUCAACGUGAGCCUCCGCGAGAGGCAGGGCAACGAGCCUCCCGAGAUCUACAUCUGGGCCCAAAGUGUUCGCAGUGCAUUUGACGCUCUCAGAGCCACAUACGAGCAGCACCUACCGGCGUUCGAUCAGGGCACGCUUUAUUGGGUUGCAGCUCAGAAGACUUUCUUCAGGCGUUUCUGUCUUCUCUCGUGUGGCAUGGAAAGCAGCCGUCAGCACCUAGCUUCGGAGGUCUCCUGCUUUUUACCCUUGCUCAACAUGAAGGAGUUUUCGAAGGCAUUCAACUGCGAGCACCCGUUGUGGCUGCACUCGGGCGAUUAUUGUGCUGUGUGA